UGCUCAGUUUACCGGUGUCUGACUGGUGUGGUGGAGAUCCAUGAGGACUAAGUGUUCCUAUCACGCAGCGGUUGAACGGACGUCUUCUCUGAGCUCAUUCGUGCCGAAAUGUUGUGUUUAAGCGGGCUGUCGGUGGCUCUCGCGCUCGCUCUUUUGUCAGGUCCUUCUGAAGCCCUGAAAGAAGGAGAAUGUGAAGUGUGUGUCACCUUUCUGGGGAAGUUUUAUCAGUCGCUGAAGGACAGCAACACAAACUUCAACAACGGCGACAUCGAGACGGCGCUCUUAAAGACCUGCAAGGAUGCCAAAGGAAAAGAAAACCGCUUUUGUUAUUACAUCGGAGCAACGAGUGAUGCAGCCACCAAAAUAACCAACGAGGUGUCCAAACCACUAAGCUACCACGUUCCAGUGGAGAAGAUCUGUGAGAAACUCAAGAAGAAGGACACUCAGAUCUGUGAGCUGAGAUAUGACAAACAGCUGGACCUGACCACCGUGGACCUGAAGAAGCUCAAAGUGAAAGACCUGAAGAAGAUCCUGGAGGAGUGGGGAGAGUCCUGCAAAGGCUGCGCUGAAAAGUCCGACUUCAUCCGCAAAAUCACUGAGCUCAUGCCCAAGUACGCCCCCGCAGCUGCCAAAGCACGGACAGAUCUGUAACCAUAGAAACACGAGGGGGGGGGGGGCAGGCAGGCAAACGCAUCUUCGGACUUGACUUGAAAAAGACUGUGAUCCCACGAGACAGAGAAAGAGAGGGAGGAAGGAAGGAAACCAGGAGUUCUGUCUGACAUGUUUGUCUCAGUCUUGUGUGGAUGUUUGUACACAAGGCUGAGAGGAAUAAACCCCAGAGGACAGAAAGCAGCUCGUCUGCUGCUGCUGCUUCACUCAACACGUUUAACAGUAAAUUUCCACGUCAGUCUUCAAAAUCUGGGAAAGCUGGACCUCACAGCUGCAUCGGGAUGAGAGGUGAGGGAGGAUUAAACUCGGGAGAAACGAUGCAAAGUGCAUAUGCGCUGAGACUUUACAGAAUAAUUCAACAUGAUUGGAAAUGUGGUAAAAUCUUAAGUAUGAAGCUAGAGCAAAAAUAAACCUGCUGGCCUGUUGGCGCCUGAGAGGCUCAGCUGUUUAAUAUUAUCAAUAAAAACAUCCAUCAGACACCAAACAGUCAAACUGUAUUCAUGUAAAACUGCCUUCUCCACCUUUUUACUUCCACUCUGUCCCAAAAUCCAGCCAAACUGACGAUUAAAUCUUCUGUCACAGCUUACUUUUUUCUUUAUUUAUGAAGCAUCAACCAAAGUAUCUGCUGUCAUAGAAACGGUUCUUGGAUAAAAACAGUAACACUCGCCAGCCUGAAGUGGUUCUUCUAACUGGUUUGGUUUUGGAUCCAGAUCGGACUCACUGUUGCCUUCAGGGUCCGGGGAAAACAGAGCCCUGCAGCACGUCCUGCUUUAGCUCUGAUAGUUGUCCUCCUGUCCUCUGAUCGGCCCAUAAAGCAAUCAAAUGAGAUGUGUGAAACUUUCUGUAAAACGGCAGGAAAACCACUUUUCUUUAGAAGAACGUCUCUGCCGGCAUGCUGCUCUGAAUGAAACUGGAUCUCUGUUUUUAAAUGUUGAUCACAAAACCUCCAAAUAUUCAGUUCACGUUUAUGUCGGAGAAAACGUUUUUCUCCUCUUAGAUGCUGAGUUCUGCAGGUUUUCAACACUGAGUUUUGCUGAAAAAUCAUCUAUGUAAGUGAUCAGUCGUUAAAAAUCCCAUUUGUUGUAAUCGACACAAAGCUGAAGGCCUGAAAACGGAUUUUGUCUGCAGAUUCAGAGCCAGUAAAAGAAGCUGAAAUCUAGUUUUGCACAAAAAUAAAGUGGAUGCAGAGAUGUGAGGAUGACUUCGUGAGCAUUUUGGCUUUUCUUUGCAAAUUAUUUAUUGAAGUUUUCAUUUUCUUUUAAAGAAACUUUGAAUUGAUUUUUUUUUUUUUCUUUUCUGGCUAUUAACUUCUUAAACUCCAGCUCAGUUCUCCUGCUUCCUUCCUGAAAUUUCAGAUAAACAGUUUGGUGGGAAACAAACGCAUCAUGUUGUGAAGGGUGAAUGUUGGGCGAACCUCUCCUUUGGACUCGUGUGUCUCUGAGAAGAUGCACAUUUCACUGAUGUAAACUAGAGAAACGUUUCACAAGACCUGAUGUUGGGAAGUGGAAACAUAAAUAUGCUGAUGUCCCGCUGACUUGUGAAAGCAUUUGUUACAGCUUACUGUUGUACUUUUUCAUUAAAAUUUGGAAAACUG